AUGUCUGCUCUCCGUGAGUAUUACUUAACAAACUACACAACAUGUCCAAGAUGCGACACGUUUUUAUGCUCUUGGAGAGAUGUUGCUUACACGUCCCAUAUUCUGACUGCAUUUUCAUUUCCAGUUUAUAUUUUUGGAGGUUACUGUAUCCUAUACAAGAGCCCAAAGGAAAUGUCAUCCUAUUGAGUUCCGCUUUUCAAUUUUCAUGUUUGGACGUGUCUUGUGGAUGUGUUUUUCAAUUGUCUCGUGACACCGUAUAUAUUUUUCCCAACUCUCACAGGAUUUUCAGUUGGCUUGUUGAAUUUUUUGGGUGUUCCACCGAAAAUUCAGGUUUGGUUGGCAGCACAGUGUCUGAGUUUGAUGUUAAGAUCUACAACAAUAUUGGUAGAAAAUCGGAAUAACGCAAUUCCAUUCAACAAGUUCAGCAUGACUCGGAAAAGUACAAAAACUAUUUACUAUUUAACAAAACUACUGAUUGGAGUAUUUUACGCAGCUUCAAUCACGUUUUUCAUACCAGCAAAUCAGGAAGAUGCACUUUUUGAAGUUCUCAGACGGCUGUCAUGUCCUUCUCAAGAAUUUUUCACGGCUUCCAAUAUUUUCGUGUUAUGUAUUGACGAAGACUAUAUUCAAUUUUUAGCUACUUUUACAGCGUUCGGAGUUAUGUUAGAAGUCAUUCAGAUUCUGUUUUACUUUGCAUGUUGUGUCUACUAUUUGUUCUUCUCGGCUCGUUCGUUCACUUCAAAGACUACGAGCAAAUUGCAAAUCAAAUUUUUUGCAAGCGUACUUCUGCAAACUCUAGUUCCACUUUUAUUCUUGUUCCCGACAGCAUUCUAUGCUUGGUUUGCUGUUAGGUUUAAUUAUUAUAAUCAAGCAUUAACCAACUUAUCAAUUCUUUAUGCUUCAAUUCAUGGCUUAAUAUCAACAUUAACAGUUCUUAUUAUCCAUUCGCCGUAUCGCAAAUUUAUUUUGUCACUUUCUCGGAAAACUGAACCAAAACAGUUCGUGAGGAAUAUCGAAAUGGAAUCCGUGAUGAAUAAUCAAAUUGUUAUCAGAUAG